AAAAGCAAAGAUGACACAUAUAAAUAGGUAGGUUUGUUAAGUAACAUUGUUUGUUCAUACUGUUAUACUACAUACUAUUUAUUUUUUUGUUCCUUCCUUCCUCCAUGUUGAUUUGAAGUCUCUCAUGGCAUGCUUAGACAUGUACAACAACUCCGACCACAAGUCCCUCCACCGCCGUGCUCCGGCCAGCAGCCCUCGAAUCUCCUUCUCGAGCGACUUCGUCGAUAUCCAGCAAUCCCUCAAACACCAAGAACAACGCUCUGCCGCUGCCCCGGCCCCCGUCUCGUCCUCCUCCGAUUUCGAAUUCUCCGUCUCCAACUACAACAUGAUGACGGCCGACGAGCUCUUUUUCGAGGGCCGCCUUCUCCCUUAUAAGGACACUAAUAGAACGGCUACUACUCUUAGAGACGAGCUUCUCAUCGAGGAAGAGGAGGGAGACGAGGACGACGACAAUGACGCUUUGCAGCGCCCUACGUCUAGGGGCCGAUGGAAGGGCUUUCUUGGCUUGAAAAAGUCCCAAAAUAAUGCUUCCAAGAAAGGGUGUAGAAACGACGGCUCUAGCGGCAGCCGUGAUGUCGGCGGUGGCAAAAGGUCGUUCGGUUGGUCAUCUUCUUCACCUAGUACUAGGGCAAACUCCUCUCACCAGGUACAAAAUGCAGGAGGAUCAAGUUGCAAAGACGUGGAGAUUGAUUUCUAGAAAGAGGGAGAAGUUUAGUUAAGAGUUGAGAAGGGAAUGUAGAGCUUCUUGUUUCAACCCGGU